CUUCAUGAACCUCCGUCCGAACACUCCGACCCAUCAAUCGCCCUCCCAAUCCGCAAUUGAAACCCCCUCCACCACGAAACCUUUCACCGCGGAGUGCACCUUUCCUCUCCCGCCAACGAAGCUCUCCCAUCCGCAACCAAACCGAAAAGAAAAACCCAACCCGAUCACAAUGCCCACCCCGGAAUCCGCCGCCUUCCUGGCCAAGAAGCCCACCGUGGCCCCGACCUACGACGGCGUCGACUACGAGGACAACGUCGCGCUGCACAACGCCCGCGACGCCAUCAUCCGCGAGCAGUGGGUCCGCAGCAUGAUGUCGCGGCUGGUCGGCGAGGAGCUGGGCAAGUGCUAUGCGCGCGAGGGCGUCAACCACCUCGAGAAGUGUGGGGUUUUGAGGGAAAAAUACUUCGAACUCCUCGGGGAGCGCAAGAUCAAGGGUUAUCUCUUCCAGGAGAAGAACCACUUCUCGCAGGAGAAGUCUGCUUGAAUUGUUUGAAAGGGUGAAAGGGGGGAUAGAAUUGAGUGAAGGAAGUGGAG